AAGUUUGACAGCGGCCUUAGUUCAGGACGAAAGCAGAGAAGGGAGAGAGAAAGGAAAGAAAGCAACAAUAGAUAAAAAAAGGGCAGUUUUCUAAAAGUCGCGACCAACAAAUUCGUGCGAUCGUGGUAAAAACAUCAUCAUCCCUGGGCUUGCCCGGCGCCUGUCCCGACCAUGGAAAGACGGAUAAAGUUGAAAACACUGAACGAACACAUCACCUGCGAGAUUUGCCGUGGCUACUUCAUCGAUGCAACCACCGUAACCGAGUGUUUACAUACGUUCUGCAAAAGCUGCCUUGUGAAGCAUUUAGAGGAAAACAAUACCUGCCCAACGUGUGAAAAUGUUAUCCACCAGUCCCAUCCGCUGCAGUACAUCAGCUUCGACCGGACGAUGCAGGACAUCGUGUACAAGCUGGUGCCGAACCUCAUGGACAAUGAGAUGCAGCGGGAGCGCGAGUUUUACAAAUCGCGCAACCUGCCCUGCCCGAAGGAUAUGCCGCAGGUGCACGACAGCGACGAUAAGGCGAACGAGCAGGCGCACCAGGAAGCGGACUACCACCGGCAGGACGAGCAGGUUAACGUGUGCCUCGAGUGUAUUAGCGACAAGCUGCGCAACCUGAAGCGACGGUUCAUCCGGUGUAGUUCGCAGAUCACGAUCACACACCUAAAGAAGUUCCUCGCGAAAAAAGUACUGAACGGUAUCGACCGAUACAAAGAUAUCGACAUCCUGUGCAAUGACGAGCUGCUGGGAAAGGACCACACGCUCAAGUUCGUGUACGUGACGCGGUGGCGCUUCAAAGACCCCCCACUGAGAUUACAGUAUCGGCCCCGAAUCGACCUCUAAGCAGGCCAGUGGUGAUGGUGGUGUACAUUUUGAGAUGUCCAGAUAGG